GAAUAUAUCGGAGCGGAUCGAUUCAAUGGAACUGCACCGUCAACGGCACAGCCAUCACUACAUAUGAAUCACAAGAAGAGAGGGAGAAAACGAUGACUUAAAGCAAAAAGAAAAGAAAAAGGAAAAUCACUCAGAGGAGGUCGCAUCGGGUGCGUAUCUCUUUUGUCCCCGUGGUUAAUAAGUUUUGUGAAAAAAAACAGUUUCGCCAUUAUUAGCAUCACCUAUUGAUGCACAAUCGAGCGUUGUUGCAAUUUCCGUCGCAAGGAACAAGCCCAUAAAUGAAGAUACCGUGCGUGCGUUUGCGGGCGAAGGUGGUUGAUGUGUAGUCGCUUUGCAGUAUAAAGUAAGGAAAUAUCGUGAAUAAUAUAACACACCACAACGUUACCGUCCAUCCGUCCGAUUCCAUACCAUUUGUUGGGUACGUUGUACGGCAUUCGGCAUUACGCAUUCUUCGCUGGAAGUGGAAGGUCUCGUUUCAGUUGGAACUGUACGCCCCGUGAAUCAUUCCGCCGACGACGUGCAGUUGCAGCAACAGCAAAAUCCGGCUUGCCGUGAUCUCGUGGUGAAUGUGCACGGUUUGUGUUUAAAAAUCGAAAAAGUGUGUUGAAAAAUCUCAAUCUACAAAUCCCUUCAACAACAACAACCACGGAGUGCUGUGUGAAACGAAGUUCAAGUGAGUCUGUUAUUAAUUGUGCAUCGACCGGAAAACCGGAAAUCAGCUUCUUCCCCAAAACCACCAGCUCCACCAUUGCAAGCCGUCUUGCGAAAGUGGGUCUGUAAAAAGGGAAAGGAAAGAGCAUCUCGAGCCAUAUUUGGAUGUUUCGUGUGAAGAAAGAGAACGGAUCCGAUUGAAGCUGGAAAAAGUGAAUUCCGGCCUGCUAGUCUCGUCUUAUCAGUUGUUGAAAUAAAUCGAAACACCAAACGUCAAAACCGGCCGUUUUGACAGGUGGCGAUUGUUUCGCAAAAAGUGUACUUGUGUGAGUGAUUGUUCUCAAAGUAAAAGUAAAAGAAAUUGCUUCCUGUAAACAGUGAAAAAUAACGCAUACUCAUCAUUCUGUUAUCGAUACAUUCCCUUCGUCGAGCAGCAUCAGAAGGAUUCUUUGGCUACAUCAUUUCACUACAACGAGAACAACGCCCCACAUGAUUGUGGACAAUGGGAAAAUGUUUUUGUUGUGUAGCAGAAUUGCACGUGCGUAGUAAUAUGUAGGACAGUACGUGAUCCAAUCAUCAACAUCCGUGCGGUGGAAAUUUCAUUAGAAACUCUUCCUGCGGAGGAAAGGGUCGGAGAAAGAAAAACCGGGUGGGAGAGUUGGCGAACGCGGUAUCAUUAAAAGCCGGGAUCACUAACUACCGGUGUUGACGAAAGUAGUGCUUCCUGUGCAGUAGUGGCACACCACACGUACUACGAUUUUGUGUGGCUAAAGCACCCGCCACGAUCAUCCACACAGUAGUGUGGAGUUAAACCAACAACGAGAGGUAGUUAAUUGAAUACUCCCCGUUGGUACGAUACUGGACAACGCAACAAGAUGCCGCUACCGAAGCGCCUAGUGCAGCCGGUGUUCGUUGCACGGUCGGUGUACGUGCGCGAAGAGCUACCGGCCGAGCUGGAAACUGUAACCAACACGACACUCACCAAUAUCGUCCGUCAGUUAUCGUCACUGUCGAAACAUGCGGAAGAUCUGUUCGGCGAGCUGGCACGAGAUGCGGGUGGUUUGGCCGAGCGGGCCAACUCGCUCCAGGCGCGUAUAGAUCGUCUCGCGAUAAAGGUCACCCAGCUGGACAGCACGGUUGAGGAGGUAUCGCUGCAAGACAUACAGAUGAAGAAGGCUUUCAAAAGUGCCACCAUGUUUGACCAGCAGAUCUUCUCCCGGGCGACGAUGCCUUCGGCAAUGCUGGAGGUGUAUAAGACUUGCGAUAAACCACCGCCACUGGAUAAGCUGAACUGUUAUCGAGAUGAUGGUAAAGAUGGGCUCAAGUUCUACACCGAUCCGAAUUACUUCUUCGAGCUGUGGCGACAGGAAAUGUUGAAAGAUACGGAGCGUGUGAUGCACGAUCGUGGAAAGAAGGUACAUAAACCGCGUGCCGAGGGUGGCGCCGAUGGUGGUGGCCGGCAGAAGAAGCGACCACGUGCACCGCAUAACACACGGGAAAAGCAACGCCAGCGUGCCAUCGGGCAUGGUGAAACGCUGAUGCCAAAUAAUGUCAUCUACCGCACACCGAACGCGAUCAUCGGUUCGCAGGAAGAGGCAAUUUACAACAGUGCGAUGGCGGGUGGCGGAAGCAUGAUCUACGAUUCACGCUCAUCCUCCGCUAUGGGCGGAAGUAAUAGCGGCGGUGCAGCCCGUCCGAACUCCAUCGAACUACGGCGAAGCUAUCAGCAACCGAACGAAAUGGUUGAUGGCAGUGGUUAUGCACCACCGUCACCGGGAGGUGGCUACCAUCAGCAUCAGCAGAUGGCGGCCCAGCUACAGCAUCAGCAGGGCGGUGGCAUGUAUCAGCAACAGCAACCAAUAUACGACCAGUACGGUAAUCCAUCGAUUUACGGUUCCGGUGCGAACCAGAUGUCGCAGGAAAGUUUGUACGCACCCGGCACACCUUCGCGGUCGAAAUCGCGCCCAUCGCAGCCACCACCGGCACCACCAUCGUCCGGCAGUGGCGGUGGCACACCGAAUGCCUCAAACGCGAACACACCGACGCGCAGCCGCAGUUUGUCGACCGGACGCGAUAAUCUACCACCGCCACCACCGAUUCCGGAAGGUUUGCAAUCGCCACCGCAUGGUAUGAGCAACGGUGGCACAAACAUUGCCGCUAAGAUGCUGCUGAAUCGAUCGGGUUCACGGUCAGGAUCACCGCAGCUGGGCAUGACCGGUUCGCAGCAGCAGCAGCAGCAGCAACAUCAACACCAGCACGUCGUCGUGCAGUCGAUGAUGGACCAGAAUCAGCUUGCGCUGGCCCAACUAAACCAGCAGAUAAACAACCUGAACAAUCUCAACAUGCAGCUGAACCAGAUGUCGAUGAACGAUCUGCCACCACCGCCACCGAUACCGGAACAGCUAUCACCCAAACAAUCACCACCAAAUGUGGCACCACCACCUCCACCACCACCACCGCCAAUGUUGGACGGACCGUUAAGCCCUACCAAGGCUCCACUGGCAAACGGUGAUCUGUACAAUAUGCCGAAAAUGCACCAACUGAAGAAGAUUCCUCCGCAAGAGAAGAUAACCUAUGAUGAUCCGCGCAGCGAUUUAAUGAAGGCCAUCCGUGACGGUAUUAAACUGCGCAAGGUUGAGAAGCAAAAUCACGAAGCGAAGGAAAACGAUCGCAACAAGGGUCUGCAUGAUGUGGCGUCGAUUCUGGCCCGGCGCGUUGCCAUCGAGCUUUCCGAGUCGGAAUCUUCCGAGAGCGACGACGAUAGCGAGGGCUGGCAGGAAACGAACGAAACGUCCGCAUGACAUCAGGAGAGCGUGGCGGCUGGUGGUGGCAAGAAAAAGUGAAACAAGGUGUAGCGCCUCUUCCGAUAGGGCGAUUCUUCCAGCAAACAUACAAAGUCAUCCUCAUCUCUUCAUAACUCAGGUGAAACUACCACCAGUGAGUGCUCUAGUAGUUGAAUUCGAUAUAAUCGCAUCAACCGGUAGAAUGGGAUGAAUGGAAGGAUCGAGCACCAAUCGAAGGAGGACUGCAAUCGGUGCAACAAAGACGGGUUUUUUUUGCGAUCUAGCCUGAUAUUCGGUGUAUUUAUUUUGCAAUGCAAAACAGAACAACUGCUGGUAGUGGAGCGAACAUUGAUUUGAUAAAGGUGUGAUCGCUCCACUGAUGGUCGGGAACGAAAGAAGACAUUUAUAUCCGAGAUUAUAUUAUAGGUUGUAUUGGAGGAAACACUGCGUAUCGUUAAGUUCCGGUUAAGUUGUACAAAGAUAAUUUUCACUAUUUAUACACAGAGAUAAGCAUUGCUAAAGAAAAGGAUGUGGUUACCCCGAUCAAUGAUGUGAUCGAAUGGCGAGGUUCACUUGUUGCGCAUACAUUCUAAACAUUCUGUAUAGAUUAUUGUACUUUUUUUUACAUGUCCUAGUUUUCGAAUAAUAAUAUGCUUCACUGAAAAAAUGGGCGCGAUCGACAAAUUACGGAAGCAUCUCACGUCGUUACCCUCGCUGGUUCAGGAGUGCGGUGUGUUUGUGAGAGAAAAUCAAAACGUCAAUACCGUCGUGUGGGUAUAUCAAAACGUAAGAGCAAAGGCAGUCUAUCUUCCUCUAAUAAAACGCUUAAUAAAGCGACUGUAGGCAAUGCAAGCGCCGCCCUCCACACGAAAAGAAGAAAUAGUAUGUGGAAGUUAGGGAGAAAUAUAAUGCAAUUUAUAAAUAACUUUGUAAACGUAGCAUUACACCAAUGUAGCCGUAAGAUAGAAACAGUCACAGUCGGUCAUUUGCCAACUAGUAGCAACAAUGAAUGAAACAAAAAUGCAAACGAGAAUGCCAAACAGACGAAGGAAACAAGGUAGAGAGUUGAAGGUAGUUAUAAUUUUUUUUUCAAGUAUAUUGCAAAAUGAACGUAACGGAACACUUUUGAAGAUAUCUCCUUGGUGGGAAGACACAGUUGAUAUGCAAUGAUAUCAUAAUAUCCUUCUCCCAACAAUUGAAAAUCGAUAUGCAUUUAACGACUCAGAUAUCGGCUAUUAGAUCUGUUCACAUGAUAGAAACGUCUUUCGGCGGCUAGUGAUUUUUGGAAAGCUCAUUUGCUGCAUUGUUGCUUUUGGACAUUUAUAUAGUCGCAUUUGUUCGUUACGGUAGCAUAGAAGAAAAGAUCGUUCGUAGUAGGAUGUUGAAAAAUAGCUAGUUUUUCUCUUUUGUUCAUCAUCCUGUGCUGAACAACAAUACCUUUUUUGUUUAAAUUUUGUUCGUAUUCGAACAACAUGUGUUCAGAAUUGGAAGCAAACUAUUUCCGUUGCCUUUCCGUUCAUGGGUAAAAGAUUCCUACACACUCUCUGUCACACUACACAACGAUUAAAACACGCUUCAUUUAACUCUAUCAAUUGCAAUUGGUUUUCAUAUUAGGAAAGCGCAAGAAAGCAGAAAAAUAUACAACCUUUUCGACGGUUACAGUACUCCAUUACAGUACUCCAAACAGAAAAAAGACACUUAAAAUUAAACAAAAAUUAAGCAAAAAAAAAAUUUUUGUAAAACGCUUGUGGCAAAAAAGCAUAACGCAACGAGAGGAACAAAACAAAAAAAAAGCUAAAAGUAACGCAUUUAUGCUUGCUACACUGUAGAUGUUUCAAGAGCGACUAUUUACAUUAAACAAACAGAAAAAACAAACAAAAUCGCUCAAAUGUUCACGCCGUUAAUGAAUAUUGGUAGAUUGAAGCAUGGCAGAAGGUUUGGCAAACCUUUUCGCUAGGAUUGUGUUUGCAGCUUUAAGAAAUGUUUUUUUUUCUGUUGCUAGUGUGCUUUAAAGCGCGUUUAUGCUUUUAAUAAACAAAUCUUCUUCUACCACUCUCUAAAAUUCGACCUGCUACUAACCAGUGUGUAAAGUAAAACUAAUUUAUAACUCGUUAGCGACAUACCGUCAUUAAAUGCUCAAAUUUUUCAUUUUACAUUACACUUUUUAGGACUAAAAUAUAUCUCUAAAAUACUGUUUCGCUAAUGCUAUGCUAAUGCUUGCUGUUUUCCUCGAGGAUUAACUUUUUUACGUUGCUUUUAUGGGCUUCUCAAUCUAAAUCUCGAACAGAAAUCGGUGCAAAAGACAAACAAAUCUAAACCUAUCCAUAUGCGCUACAUCUUUCGAUGGAUUAUUUUCAUGUGCAGUUAAAUCGAUUCAGUGUGUCAUUUAGUCGACAGGCACAGUUUAGAAACACUGACACAAUACUUAAUUGACAAAACAACAAUACCAAACAAUGUAAGGCGACAGUAUGGGUGAAAAAAUUGCACUGAAAAAUGAUACAAUUCACAGUUCUUUCCUGCAGCAACUGUAACUCAAAUAGCCAAACGGAGAGUCACUAUUAUGGAAACAAAACAACACAAAAAACAAUAUUAUCAAUUGAUACUAUACUAUAGAUAGUUAACCAAGUAAUACAGCAAACCAACCAAUAUCUUCCCUGUGUUGCACUGCUGCAGUAAACGCAUCCAUGCAUAUGCUAACGUAUCUAAUGGAAAGAUGUAAAACUCACAUACACAAAACCAGCUAUAAUCCACAAUCCGUAGCUGUGUAUUAUCCGUGAUCGACGUAAUACAAUGCACGUGGUGACGCAGUGACGUUCGCGUGUGUGUGCAACUGCGCCUUUGAUAUUAGGGAAAUAAUAAUGUACUGUCGUGGUUGGAUGGUUGAAUGUUGUCAUACUAAACAGUGAAAGCAAACGUAUGCCAAUACUCCUCGAAGAGAUGUGUAGCUUUGAUCGCAUAAAAAGAGGGAAAAGGACUAGUCGUGUGAAGGGGCCGUUUGCCACCCUAAAAAAACUGAGACUAGUGUCCGAAGAAAGCAAUUUGGUUGGUUUCUGCAUUAAGCUUUAGUCGUUUGUCCUUUUUUUAACAACGCACUAAAGUGCUUGUCUCUGUAAUAUGUAAAAAAAAUGACAAAGGAAACGAAAUGUGUUUCUAAGAAAAAAGUUAUUUUAAAGAUCUUCCCUCCUUGGCUUUAUUUUGUUACAAACCUAAAAAGAAUGUCCCACAUCCUGUCGUGCGAAACACUGCGCAAACAUUGUACAUGUAUUAUAAUUUCUUUAAAUAAUAGGUAAUGUAAAAGCAAACGAUGAACAUAAUGGGGCAAAUAAUUUUUGCAAAUGAAACAAAAGCGAACACGCAUGAUGAAAACAAAACGAAGUGAACGAAAUGUAGCAGUAAUAGAGGACAGUUUCAAAUAAUAUUAAUAGUCGGUCAGCAGCAAAAUACACUUGAUCAUGGUAAUUAGACAACUAAUCGAGGAAAUAAAGUGAAACUUGCAAGAAAAACAAA